GACAACUGAGUUCAACGUAGUUAGGCGUGAAAUGGACGUGUUAAGUAUAUGUGUGUGAUAUAUGUGUGAGGUAUAGGUGACCGUGACCCACUGGGGAUCAAUAAUCAAUACAAUAGGGUAGCCUAUGUGAAGAUAUUGUUUGUAUGUCUAGAUAAAGCUAAAAGGUAGAAGGUCUGGAAAAGCCAGAAGCAGCAGCUUUGUGUCACCAGAACUCUUUAGCAUUAUGGUGACCUACAAAAAUGACAAUCUUUAUUGUCAAACAACAUCUCAAAAUGUCAGAUAAAACAGUCGACAGAGGUCUAGAAGGGAAACCCAUUUUGAAAUUGCGGCGUAGUAAAACCAUCAAUGUUUCUCACUUUGGGGGAAAUGAUGGUAGACCAGACACUGAAGUAUCAUUUAACUGUGAGGCCAUUGGGAAAAGAUCUCCAUCUCCGGCCCCUACCUCGUCAUGCCAGGCCCUGAAGCAUGCAGUAUCUGCCCUUACAAGGAUUGAUGAUUUUAUCCUUGAGAAACUUGGGGAUGGCUUUUUUGCAAAUGUGUACAAGGCAACACAUAGAGUGACAAAUGAGGAGAUGGUGAUGAAAAUCAACAAAGAUUCAGCAAAUCGCCCAAGUGCUUUGCGUGAAGUGCAGCUUAUGAACAGAUUAUCACAUCCAAAUAUUUUACGAUUUCUGGGUGUUUGCGUUCAUGAAGGACAGCUGCAUGCUUUAACUGAGUACAUAAGCGGUGGGACCCUGGAGGAGUUAUUGGCUAAAAAAGAUGAAGAGUUGCCAUGGACGCUGAGAAUCAAACUGUCCUUGGACAUUGCCAGAGGGAUGCAUUAUCUCCACCUGGAAGGAGUCUUUCACAGAGAUCUAACUUCCAAGAACAUCCUAAUAAAGAAAGGAGAUAACAGAAACUACCAAGCUGUGAUAGCUGACUUUGGUUUAGCCACAAAAAUACCAGAUCCCAAGUCAAAAGAACCUCUACCAUCAGUAGGUUGCCCUUGGUGGAUGGCCCCUGAAGUUAUACAUGGACAAUUUUAUGAUGAAAGGGCUGAUCUGUUCUCAUAUGGGAUAAUCCUGUUGGAGAUCACAACAAGGAUAGAUGCUGACCCAGAGACCAUGCCAAGAACAAAGAAAUUUGGUGUUGAUUACAUCAAACUGUGUGAAAUGGUUGAUUACUGCCCUUUGGAUUUUCUUCAGUUGGCAUUUAAAUGUUGUCAGAUUUUGCCAGAACUACGGCCCAGUUCUAUGACUAUUAUUAGCAACCUAGAGAAGAUCUAUAAGAAUCUGCGCACUAAUUCAUUUGAGUAUUCAGGUAAACUUCACAAGAGGUCAAGGUCAGAGGACAACAUAAUACAAAACAGUGACAGCCUAACCGGUAUACCUGGAGAGGAAGUGCUACUGAUGACGCCUCAGAUUAUAGCCCAGGCCAUGACCAAGGAUGACCCACACUACUGCCCUGCCAAUGCCAACCCAUUUGCUUCCAUUAGCAAGUUCAAGGAUGGCAGAAAGCUGCUAGAGUUCCCCAGGCAGAGGAAAUGUAGUCUCAACGGCAAUGGAUUUGGUGUGUCGCUGAUACGGUACGCAGAUCAUCUGACAUCCUCCUUCACAGCUGGUUGCAUUUUCACAAAGCAAGAGAGCCAAUCACUGCCCUGUUCACCUAUCAUGCUGCGGAAGGCUGCUGAGAAGCUGCACCAGGCCUCACUCCAUGGGAGCUAUGUCGUGGAGGCUGAGGACGAGGCGGAGGUGAGGUCCAGUGUGAGCGCCGACAACCAGGAGAGCGAUGCCACGGCCGCGGCGGAGAAACGUGCCAGGUUUGGUUGUAGCCGUACUAGAAGUCUUGGCAGUUUAGAUUUCUGGCACCCCCUCGGGGCACCCAAGGAGGCCAGGGUCAGGAAAAAUGCGGUCCACCAAAAAGGUUACUGCAACCGGCUGAAUUCCAGGAUACGUGAGUCUAGCGUCGAGGACCAGUUGAGUUCUAACAUUGGCGAGAGUUCCGAUGAGAUUGAGGAUGAGAGUGUUUACUCUGAGUGCAAUAUGAAUGUCAAUCACAGCAUGGCCACAAACUCGUUCCGGAGCUUCAGUAACCAGGAUGAGACCAGUGGCGCUGUCUUGUAUGGGAGCUGUGACGAGAGCUUCAGCUGCUGUAGCUUGUCCAGUUAUGUGAGCUGUGGUGAACAUGAUGAGAACAGUGAGGUGGAUGUUAAAGUGCCAGACCCGUUUGAUAGCGAGCAAGAGGAUGACCCCGUGAUAGGCGAGUUUGGCAGGGAAAGUUUUCAUAAGGGUGGAGAAUUCACCAAACCUCUUUUGGCUUUAACAAACGGGAGCUAUGAUCCCAACCACUUCGGCCAGGAGAACCAUUGUGCUGAGGGUGGGAUCAGUCUGUUUGACGCCAGUGAAGCCGAUGUUGUCAUAACUAAGCUGUAACUCUGUUUUGUCUUUUCUCACUGCUUCCAGUUUAAUUUAUUUACCCACAUUCAGUCCUCACUCCAAAGUUUGACGCUUGUUAUGUUAAGCCACAGCUGACGACUUCCCUUACAAAACUUGUAUUUAACUAUAAAAAAAAUGCUCACUAACGCUUAGUUAUUUAUCAAAUGCUGUUUAUCUUCAUUUAAACUAGAUUUAACCUGAGAUUAUUUGCACAAGAGGAGUGGUUUAGUGUCAUUGUUUGUGCAUAGAUUGUGUUCUUGGCUGGACUGUUAUUUGCUCAUACUAAGUUCCUAUUAUUUGACUAGAAAUGUUUGAUCAUUAAAAAAGCUAGUUGUUAUUGUUUACACUUGGGAUGUCCAUUCAUAAUUUCAGGCUGGUUCACUCUAUAUCUUCACGCCUUUUUGUUGAACAGGCUUUUAAAAAAAUGAUCCCUUUCUUCAUCCAUUAGAUAGAUAUUCUUUCAAAAUUUCCGUAAAUCAGCUUUGUGAAGAGAAAAAUGUAAGAUAUAAAAAAGUGAAACAUUCUAAAAUCUAAGACUAUGAUUUUUUUUAACACUACUUCAAAUGAGUUUAAAUUUAUGGCGGCUGCUUUGGGGAAGAAAUUAUUUCUUUGUUUUCUGAAGUGUGAUUGCCUGACUUUGUCAUUUAUGGACAACCUAUAUAAGCUUAAGGUAAUAUGAUAAAACUUACUAGCUAAAAUACUAUACAUAUCUUGUUUGUUUUUCUUAAUUUGCAAUAUAAAUAUUUACACUUUAAACUUAUCAAUAUUUAUGAGCCAGUAUAUACUGAUGUAUUUAAAAAAUAUUUUUUAUAAAUUCACUACACAUUUUUUCAAAAUUUAAUUUUGACCCUGAAACUUAUUUCAUGUAAUUCAUUAUGUCACUGUCUUACUGUGCAUGCAGCAUUAACAUGUAAUCACAUUUCUUAUGGAUAAAUGUGUCAUUUAUAUGUUUUCCACAUAUCAGCAUUUCCACAUUUAAAAUAUUUCCCCAAAAACUUAGUGAUACUUUUUGUUGUCAAGCAAAUGAUUUAGUUCAGUAUUAUAAAUUACUGUGUACAAAUACCACUUGUAUAGAAAGAAACUAUGGAUGUACAUAUCUUGCUUUUAGUAAAGAUCUAUUUAUUAUGUUACUUGUUUCAUAUAACCGUCAAAAAGCAGAAGAGAUAAUUUAUAUGUAAAUUUAACGCAAAUUUGUACAUUAUGACAUGUAUAAAUGUAAUAUAUUUUUAAAGUUUAGUUUUAAAAAAAAAUAUAGUACAAAUUGAAGCAGAAUUAUUAUUUAAAAAAAGUUAACUCUUUAAAAGUUUAAAAGAGAACGAAUGAAUGGUGAAUGUGAAAAUUAAGUACACAUAUGAGAAUAAAAAACAGUAAAGAUUUCUUUCAGUAUUUGUACAACAUUAUAAUUUUUAAUUUGUUUAGUUUUUACUUAGAUGUAAAAAAAAAGUGCAAUUAGUUGAAGGGUAUUCUUUCGAAUUUAACAAUUUAUUUUGUUGCCAAAAGCUUUAAAUAUUGUUUCAUUUGCAUUUUUCAUUUGGGUUUUUAUUGAAGGCAUUUUGUUUGGUUUCUUUCACACCAACUUGAAUUUUAUUGUCUAGUUUAGUAAUUACACAUAUUUGAGUCUGUCAGUGUAUGUAGAGUCAUGCUCUCAUAGCCUAAGUGUUGGCUUUGCAAUUUCAAAUUUGGUUUUGUUACAGUUUUGCUGUAAAUUACAAGUGUAAAUCAUUGCUUAUUUUACAAAAGCUAACUGCUUUUUCAUCAGUAAUCUAUUUUGUUAGAAUUUUGAUUUCAUUUUGAUUUCAUUUUGAUUUCAAAGCUUUUAAACAUACUUGUUAUUUUGUGUAUUGUUGCUAAACAACUUUUAAAACAUAAGUGAUUUUUUUUCUCUCCAUUUAAUUAAAAAAAAACAUUUCUAUUUUAUUUUAAAGACUAAUUUUUCAUAUUAUAUCUUUUUGUUGAGAAUUGUUCCACUUUAAUUUAUUAUCACAAUUAAAAGUAAAGUAUUAUAUUGUAAAAAAUACCCAACUUAUUUACACAAUAAAUCAAAGUUUAAAGUACUGUAUAUUGGAUCUCUUGUAAAUAACUUUAAAAUUCAUUCCUCUGAUAAAAAUUAAAUCUUUACUAAAUCUGCUUGUACAGUUAAGUAGUUCAAUAAAUUUUCUUGCCAUCAAUUUUGUAGUCAAAAUGUAUCAUGCCCAUGUUAUUUUCCAGUGUUUUUUUUUAAAUUUAAUUUAAUCCAUUAACACAAUAAUAGCAAAUCUUCAGAUUAAGCCAUAUGGUGCUUUUUGAAUGAAUAAUUGCAGCCUUUUCAUUAAUAUUUAUUAGAGUUGUUACUUAGUAAAGAUUUAAAUGUAUGUAUUAAAUUGUGCACCUUCCAUAGUUUACAAAACCCCAAAAUUAAAUCUUAACCUAUAGGCUCCCAGAAUGUUUGUAGCAAAAACAUUGUUUAGAAUGUUUCCUAAAUAAUAAAAAAUGGUUGCAGAUCUCCAUAAAUUACCAACCAACAAGUGAUAUCAUUGUAUGUUUGUUUUCUCUUAAUUUUCUUUAGGCAGUAAUGGGACCUAAAAAAACUCUUUGUUAAAAUAUUUCAGUUUCCUUUUAUUGUUUCAUUUACUUAUAACCACUUUUUCUCUUUGUAUUGAACUAAUAUAUAUUUUACUCUAUUCCUAACUUAUUCAAGAUCUGAUUUAUAUUUACUUCUAUUUUUCAUCAUUUAAAAAAACAUUUUUCCUCCUUUACACUCCCAAGUCACUUACUUUGUUCAACUUGAUCUGAAAUAUUUGCAAGCAACAGCCACUCUAACUUCCUAUCUUUAAUUAUGAAAUUCUAAACUUGUUCCAUAUUUAAAAGCAUUUAUUCAUAAAUUAUUUAUGCCGUAUAGUGUAUAAAAUUAGUUUGAACUUAGUUUUAAAACAAAGAUCAUAGAAAUCUGCUAAUUUAUAAGUGUCGACUCGGAAUUAGUUUACGUUAAUGUAUUAAUAAAUGCAGUGUUAGUUUAGUAUAUACAAAUAUAUGGCUAGCUUAUGUCUACAUCUAACUAGGAAUGAUCCAGAGCUAGAUAACAUAGACAAUAUGUAAAUUUUGUAUGUACAGGUGAUUGACUAGUUAAUAUGGCUUUAUAUAUUUAACACACGGCUUAGUUUUGCUCUAGAUAAUGCAAACAACGAAAUAAAAAAUGAACUUUGGUGCCUUGCAGCUGACAAUGAAAUGGCCGACCAUGUUACUAAUAUUUACCCCCAAUUAUUUACUUAAAAAAAAUUAAAUUAUUCAACAAAAAAAUGGCAACUUAAUGUGAUAUUCUUUUGGAUGGGAAAAUACAUUUUUUGACCCUGGUACUCUACAAUUAUUGUACAAAUUAUUUGUUUGAAAACCAUGUCAACUCUCACUAUAUUUCUUUAUUGUAUAAUAUUUACCAUUUAUUACAAGCAAGAAAGGGGAAACAACCUAUGUUUUAAGGGAGUAAAUCCUAUAACAUUAAGUUGGCAAAAUGUAUGCUUCAUUUGUAAAGUGAUUUUUCCUAACUAGUUUUGGUACAAAUAUGCUGUUACUACUGAUUAAGGUUGACUUUAAUCUAGCAAAUCUCAUUGAAAUAUCUCAGACUUUUGAUUCUGGAAUUAUUAUUUGUUUUUUUAUGUUUCUCUCAGCAUAUGAGUCAACCAUAUAAACUAAUGUUUCAUGUUAGUUUUACUAUUCAAAAUGUUUUACAUUUUUAAAAAACUAGAAUAUUGAAUAUUUUUUUAUUUAACUCAUAGGCUUCAAGUUUGCAUUUGCUUCUUUAAAGCUAAUUGAUUUGUGUGUUAUGCAAUAAUUUAUUUAUUGAUGUGUAUAAACAAAAUUGCUGAAAUAUAACCACUUAAUUCAAUAUGACAUAAAUUGUUUGUGGUUGAUGUUUAUAGUUUUUUUAAUAAAAAAUAUAGAUAAUAUUAUAUACUAUGACAUUUGGUGUAAAACAGUGUAAUUACAGUUGAGACUAAGUUCACCUUAAGUUUGCUAAUGUAGUGAAUGAUUUAAAUCAUGUUUGCAUUCAGUGUAACGAUACUAAAAUUUAAGGUAACCAAAUUUGUUAAGUAUGCCAAUUUUUAAAAUAAUUUGUACCUUUAAUAAAAUAAUAUUAAAUUGUUAAUGGUAAAUGAAGUGUUUCCAUGACACCAGCUUUUGUUUGUGGGUGGCUCUACUGCACCUGUUCACAUCUCUCACUAUUGCACCAGUGUUUUGACUGCUCUCAUUCCCAGCUUUGGUCUAGUGCUUGUACCAAGCCUACUUUGCUCCUGUGUGAGAUGGUGUUGAGUUUUUUGUUAUUUAUUUUUGUUGCUUUUGUUAGACCAGUGAACACAUUAUUUGCUCUGCCCAACAGUGUGAACACAGAUUUAUUAUGUUGUGAAUAAGUUUUCAAUUAUUGUAUGUGUUCAUUUUUGUGUCAGUCUACUUAUGAAAACAAAACAAGUACUCUCUUAAAAUAUUUAUUGAUAUAUUUUAUGGUAUUACCUCAUAUUAUAUGAAAUUUUAUUUUA